UUUCAAAAGUUUUCUCUUGUUAAUAAUGUAGGAAGGCAGCAACCAUGUGAAGCAGCAGCAGCAGUGACAGGAGCCGUUAGAGAGACGUCAAGAGUCAAGACACACGCCGCAGCGGGAGCCAAUGUUUACACCCAGUCAGCUGAUUGUCACCUGAGGAAGCUCGAACUAACAUCCUAUGCUAUGGAGAGUGAAAUCUUUGAUCCCCGUGUGGUACCAAACAGCAGUGACAGUAAAGAAGAGAACAGAGAUAAGAGCCAGUUAAGUGUGCCAGCCUUGCACUUGAUAACUUCACUGAUUUGUGGCCACCAACACAAUCUGCAUCAAGUGGAAACUAAACUCAAAGAAAUUCUACAGCAUCAAGAAGUUUUGAGUGAAGGAGUGCAGAGUGAAAAUGAGAGAUUUAAGACUGCUGAAGCCACUUUUCAUUUACCAUCAGUGUUUCAAGAAAUCUCUACAUACAAUCAGAAAUUAAUUCAACUUAAGGGUGAAAUGGCUGCAGUUACCGAGAGGACGUCACGCCUGAAGAAAAGAGCAAUGAGACUUCAGCAGCAGCAGCAGCAGAAGGCUCUAAACCAGGAACAGGAGAGAGCACAACAAGCUGAGCGGGAGAAGCAUCUAAUUGCUCAACCAGUUUGGGCAACAAAGCAUAAUGACUCCUGAAUUUUGAUUGCAUAGACAUAUAUGUAUAUAAUAUAUAUA